AUGGAUUUCCUCAAGUCUGCAGUGGCUUCGGCCAUUGCAAAGGGGCCACCUUUCCCCUAUUCUUUUGGCGACCGUGUAGACGUGGACCAGUCCAUAUGGACUCUUUACAAUGGCACAAGACGUGAGGAUGGCUCCAACUGCAGCAUCUUCUCCUUCGAAAUCAACCCCAAUACCAAAUCCCGAUUGCCACUCGCCAAGAACGCCCUCAAGAAACUGCGAACACUGCGACAUCCUGGCGUUAUUAAGAUGCUGGAUGCCGUCGAGACCGACACAUACAUCUACAUUGCGACUGAACGCCUUGUCCCUUUGAGAUGGCACAUCAAGAGGAAGAGCUUGAGUCCGGAGACACUAAAAUGGGGGCUACACAGCAUAGCGCGAACUAUAAAAUUUAUCAACGAUGACGCAUCAUCCAUACAUGGAAGUCUCAAAGUAUCAUCGAUAUAUACCUCGGAAAGCGGAGAGUGGAAAUUGGGAGGAUUCGAGGUCUUGAGCAGUGUCAAAGACGACGAGGCUCUGAUCUACACUUAUGGUAGCCUUGUGCCCGACUCUGCCAGAUAUGCGCCUCCAGAACUGGCAAAGUCGGGAUGGGAUGCGGCCAAAAAGGCGCCGCACCACGCGGUUGAUUCAUUCAACUUUGGUACUUUGAUAUUUGAGGCCUUCAACGGCGACUUUACGGGCUCUGAGCAGGCCGGUCAGACCAAGAAUAUCCCGCCGACAAUGCAAGCCAGCUACAAGAGGCUUGUCAAUGCGAACCCCAAAGCCAGAUUGAGCGUUGGACAUCUCUUGGAGCAGGGUCAGCGCCGAGGGGCCUUCUUCGAUACGCCACUAAUCAAAUUAACCGAGGGCGUGGAUAACUUGGGAAUGAUGUCUGAAACUGAAAGAGAUCAGUUUCUCGGAGAUCUUGACCAGCUUACGGACGACUUCCCAGAGGAGUUCUUCAAGAUGAAAGUCCUCCCUGAACUUCUGAAAUCGGUAGAAUUUGGCGGUGGUGGUCCUAAAGCGUUUUCUGUCGUAAUGGAAAUCGCGCGGAAGCUUUCGAGCGAAGACUUUGACUCCAAAAUUACCCCUGUUGUCAUUAGGUUGUUCAGCAACCCUGAUAGGGGCAUCCGAGUCUGCUUGCUGGAUAACCUGCCACACAUGAUUGAUCGGUUGUCACAGAAGGUCGUCAAUGACAAGAUUUUUCCACAGCUAGUAACCGGCUUCACUGAUUUGGCACCUGUGGUACGAGAGCAAACGCUCAAGUCCGUCCUGGUCAUCAUCAACAAGCUGUCCGAUAGAACAAUUAAUGGCGAGCUGCUGCGCUAUUUGGCGAAAACAGCCAACGAUGAGCAGCCUGGGAUACGAACGAACACCACCAUUUGCCUUGGCAAGAUUGCUAAGAACCUAGGGACAUCGAGCCGUUCAAAGGUGCUGAUAGCAGCUUUUGGAAGAUCUCUGCGAGACCCAUUCGUUCAUGCGCGCAACGCCUCACUGCUCGCCCUCGGCGUCACCAGCGAUUGCUUCAGUGACGAGGAUGCUGCCUCAAAGAUUGUGCCCGCGGUUGUUCCUCUACUGCUGGACAAGGAGAAGUUGAUCCGUGACCAGGCAGACAAGACGAUUGAGGUGUAUCUCCAAAAGAUCCGCAAGGCGGCAUCUGCCAUGCCUGAGACGGCACUGCCCCCAGAACGAGGACCCGAUGGGGUUGCCAGGAUGAGCACCCCACAGCCGAACGAAGCAUCGGCAUCCUCAGGUGGCGGUUGGGCCGGCUGGGCCAUCUCGUCAUUCACAAAUAAGCUGUCUGCAGCAGCCGGCGAAAUGCAGACGGCAAGCAAUGGCUCUCAGUCGUCGACUCCCGCCCCAUCUUCUCCUGCCAUGACGCCCAGACCCGGCAUGGUGCCAACAACUAGCAAGUCUGCAUCGGCCUUGCAUAGACAAGCUGUCCGUUCGCCGCAACCAUCUUCCGGUGGAUUUUCGGCUCCUCCAAAGCCGACUGCGGCUUCCUCAGUCAGCGAUUCUUUCCUCGAGGCCGACGACGCGGCCGAUGACGACUUUGGCGGCGACGCAUGGGGCGACAUGGGCGACAUGGACGAGAACGACGAUGGGGCCGAGGCUGAAGACGCGAGCGGCUUUUUCAAGGAGCCGACUCCACGCUCAGUAUCCACCUCGUCCACGGCCAAGAAGGCCACCACCAACCCCUUCCCGCAAGCGGACGACGCCGAGCCGGACUUUGCGGGCUGGCUCGCGGCGCAAACAUCCAAGAAGGCGGGCGGUAAGCCUUUGCCCAAGGGGAUGGGGAAGAGCACCAGCGGUGCAGGAGGCGCUGCAGCAAAAUCUAGCACGCUGGCGGCGAAGAAGAAGCCUGUCGUGGCCAAGAAGAUUGACAUGAAGCCCAAGGACGAGGAUAACGACGAUGACGGGUGGGGUGAUGGCUGGUAA